AUGGAGGAAGCCACAGUGAUAAUUGUAGGUGCUGGUCCUUCUGGCCUUGGAAUUUCAGCAUGUCUAUCACAAAACUCUAUCUCUCAUAUAAUACUUGAAAAAGAGGAUUGUAAUGCUUCACUUUGGAGGAAAAAUUCUUAUGAUAGAUUAAACCUCCAUUUAGCUAGUGAAUUUUGCUAUUUGCCUCUUCUGCCUCACCCACCCUCAACCCCAACUUUCUUAUCCAAAGCCCAAUUUAUUCAAUACAUAGACACAUACGUUGCACUUUUCAACAUAAACCCUCGCUAUUGUCGUUCGGUUGAAUCAGCUGAGUACGAUGAAGUUGGAGACACGUGGAGGGUUGAAACAAAAAACACCUUACAAGGCACAGUGGAAGUUUACGUGGGUAAGUUUCUUGUGAUCGCUACGGGUGAAAAUAGUGAAGGUUACAUUCCUGAUUUGCCUGGACUAGGAAGCUUUGAAGGAGAGAUAUUGCACUCCAAACACUACAAAUCAGGUUCAAAAUAUGAAUCCAAAGAGGUUUUGGUUGUUGGGUGUGGUAACUCUGGAAUGGAAAUUGCUUAUGAUCUCCAUAACUGGGGUGCAAGACCUUCUAUUGUGAUCCGAAACCCGGUUCAUGUUCUCACCAAAGAAUUGAUCCAUGAAGGAAUGCGUAAGCUGAAGCGUUUGCCAGUAGAUGUUGUUGACAAUGAGGUUACACUUUUGGCAAACAUGGAAUAUGGUGAUCUAUCUAAGUAUGGGAUUCGUCGCCCCGAAGAGGGACCAUUCUAUCUUAAGGAGGUUAGUGGAAGAUCUCCUGUUCUUGAUGUCGGAACCAUUGCAAAGAUUAAGGAGGGAGCAAUCGAGGUAAUUCCUUCUGAUAUAAGGAGAAUUGAGGACAAGGUGGUUGUUUUUGGAAACAACGCGGAAAAAGAGUUUGAUGCGAUCGUGUUUGCUACUGGCUAUAGAAGCAUAGCUAAUACAUGGCUUAAGGACUACAAAUAUGUUCUUAAUGAUGUUGGGAUGCCGAAAAAUCAUUUCCCAAACCACUGGAAGGGUGAUCGUGGCUUGUAUUGUGCAGGACUCUCAAGGAGAGGCUUAUUCGGAGUUAAAAUGGAUGCCGAGGCUAUUGCCGACGACAUCAACCAAACUCUUCAGAGACGUUAA